AUGCCUGGAAAUAGAACGGCUGACCAUAUUCUUACGCUGAAAACUCUGCAUGAUAAAUAUGUCAAACAGAGUGAAAAAGAAAAAAUCUAUGCAUGUUUUGUUGACUUUAGAAAAGCUUUUGAUUCUGUUUGGCAACAAGGCUUAUUUUACCAACUUAUCAAAAACAACAUAGGGGGACACUUCUAUGAUUUAAUUCAAGACCUCUACUCAAACACGAAAUGUGCAAUAAAACUAUCUGAAAACAGAACACCGUUUUUUCCUUACAAAAAGGGAGUCCGUCAAGGAUGCAUUCUAAGCCCUUUAUUAUUUAAUAUUUACAUAAACGAUCUUCCAAAAAUGUUUCAACAAACACAAUCAGAUCCAUUUCUAUUACCAAAUGGAACUACUAUCAACAGCCUACUCUAUGCGGAUGAUCUCAUUAUACUUUCACGGUCAAAAUCAGGUUUACAAAACUGUCUAAACCAAAUAAAUGAAUGGUGUAGUAAAUGGCUAAUGGAAGUCAAUAUCAAGAAAACAAAAAUUAUGAUUCUUCAAAAACACAACUCGAAAUUACCAAACCUUCAUUUCCACAUUGGAGAUAAAAAGAUAGAUAUAGUCAAAGAGUAUACCUAUCUUGGUCUCAAACUAGUACCAAAUGGGAAAUUUAAACUCGCACAACAACAACUAAGCGAAAAAGCCUUGCAUGCUCUUUAUAAAAUUCGUAAAAAUCUAGAUUUUCAUAAACUUUCACCAAAAACAGCAACAAAAAUUUUCGACUCAAUAAUUUCCCCAAUUCUACUAUAUAACUCAGAAGUCUGGGGAGCAUACGAAAAAAAUGAUCUGAAUAAAUGGGAUAAUUCAGAGACUGAAAAAAUUCAUUUAAGAUUCUGCAAGCUGUACCUAGGUGUUAACAGAAGAGCCAGUAAUGUGGCUUGCAGAAGUGAACUUGGGAAAUACCCACUGCUGAUUACAAUAAAAAAGAAUAUACUAAACUAUUUUAAACAUAUUUUUAAACUAGACGACAACUCAAUAGUUAAACAAUCCUUCCUAAUAUCUAAACAACUAUUUGAAAAAGGCAAAGAAUCUUUCUACACCAACGCAAUAAACAUGCUUAAAUCACUCUAUGAUAAUACAACAAACUUGGAAAGUGAUAUAAUCAACUACGAUACAAAAACUAUUGUAAAUAAGAUGAAAGAUAAAUAUUUUGAAUUUUGGCAACAUAAAAUGAUUAACUCCUCCAAACUAUCUUUCUUUUGUACAUUUAAAAACCAGUACAAAAUGGAAGAAUAUUUAUCCCUUAUUGAUAACCCAACGAUAAGAAGAACAUUUUCUCAAUAUAGAGCAAGUAAUCAUAAAUUGCAAAUUGAGCGAGGAAGAUACGAAAACGUUUCUCGCGAACAACGUUUCUGCAAACUUUGCAACAACGGUGAAGUGGAAAACGAAUAUCACUUAGCCUUAUCUUGCCCGAAAUACGAAGAAUUAAGAAAUAAUUCUAACAACAUUCUCAAAAAUCUAUUUUAUCUUAAUAACACAAUGGAAGGAAAACAAAAACUGUUUGAGCAUGCGAUGUCUUCAGACGAUCCAGUUCUUGUUAACCUGCUUUCUAAGUAUAUCUUUCACUGUUUUUCGGAGAGAGAUAAAAGCCUCAAAUCCAUGGAAGAUUAG